GCUGUGUAGCUUGUCAGAUAUUACGUUAGUAUUUCUACACCGUUUCUGCGUUUUAUUCCUUUUAAACGAGCAAUAAUGAGGAACGAGGAAGACGGAAAUCGUCAGUUUUAUUUCUGUACCUGUUUCUCCACUGAUAAUAUUUUCCUGGAGGAUUACAAACUCCAUGUCCGCUUUGUGUCCGAGCAGCAGUUCAGACAAGACUAUCAAACCCUGCUGAAGAGGCUCGGCUGCGUGACGGAGCAACAGUUUGAGGAUGUGUUCAACAAGAUUUCACAGGAAGUGGACCAGCGAAGGCGUCUCAGUGAGACAUCUGCUGAGAGAGCUGCUGCUAUAAAAGACACAUACCGGCCACUCCAUCCUCACGUCUACCAUCUGCAGGAGUCCUACCUAGCACCCAAGUUCAAGCAGAUUGUCGAGUGCUGUCGAAGCAGCGACGUCAGUGAAGAAGGUCUCGCAGACCUGAUGGAGGAAGCAGCUGCGAGGGUAUAUCGCUUCCCUGUGUUUGAGAGGAGCUUCUGUGAGGAGCUGCUGGAGGAGCUGGAGCACUUUGAGCAGUCCUCCGCCCCUAAAGGACGACCCAACACCAUGAACCAUUAUGGGAUCCUCCUGAAUGAGCUGGGCUUUGACGAGGGCUUCAUCACACCCCUGCGGGAGCUCUACCUGCGGCCGCUCGCCUCCCUGCUGUACCCGGACUGUGGGGGACGAUGCCUGGACAGCCACAAGGCCUUUGUUGUUAAAUAUGACAUGAACGAAGACCUGGACCUGAGCUACCACUACGACAAUGCAGAGGUCACCCUUAAUGUCUCCCUUGGGAAGAAUUUCACCGAGGGCAACCUUUAUUUUGGUGAUAUGAGACAGGUGCCUGUAAGCGAGACGGAGUGUUCAGAGGUCGAACACAGGGUGACAGAGGGGCUCCUCCAUCGGGGCCAACACAUGCACGGGGCCCUGCCCAUCUCCUCAGGCCAGCGCUGGAACCUCAUCAUCUGGAUGAGGGCCUCACAGGAACGCAACAAGCUGUGCCCCAUGUGCAACAGGAGGCCCACGCUGGUGGAGGGGCGCGGCUUCGCUGACGGGUUCACCAAACAGUCGGAACCACUGCUGAACACUUCAUGCGUGCUGACGUGACGUUUCCUGCUGCUAUAGGACUAUAAUAAAACCUCUGUGUGGAGGGUUUGACAUUUUGGAUUUUGGGGUCCCCAGGUGGUAGUGCCCACUGAAAUGCAUGCUUCUUCCUUUGAUGGAUGCUGUAGGAAUCAGUGAUUUUAGGAACAAUUUU